CCUCCAGGUUAAUCUAGCCUAUGCGUAUGAGACGAAGGAUGCUCUGUGUUUAGUAUUGACCAUAAUGAAUGGAGGAGACCUGAAGUUUCACAUCUAUAAUAUGGGGAACUCUGGCUUUGAUGAGCAGCGGUCCGUCUUCUACGCUGCAGAGAUCUGUUCUGGGCUGGAAGACCUGCACCGUGAGAGGAUAGUCUACCGGGACUUAAAACCUGAAAACAUUCUUCUAGACGACCGCGGACACAUCCGUAUCUCUGACCUGGGACUAGCCGUCCAGAUUCCCGACUCAGAGACGAUACGAGGGAGAGUGGGCACCGUAGGAUACAUGGCCCCAGAGGUGAUCCAGAAUGAAGCCUACUCCUUCAGUCCUGACUGGUGGGGUCUGGGCUGUCUGGUGUUUGAGAUGAUCCAGGGUCAGUCACCCUUCCGCCGGCGUAAAGAACGAGUGAAGAGGGAAGAGGUGGACAGACGAGUGCGAGAAGACCCCGAGGAAUACUCUGACAAGUUCUCUGAGGAGGCCAAGGAUAUCUGCAGACAGCUGCUGGCCAAAGACCCCAAAGCUCGUCUGGGGUGCCAGGGGCGAGGCGGUGUGGAGGUGAAGGCUCAUAUCAUCUUCAAGAACAUCAACUUCAAACGCCUCGAGGCAGGCAUUCUGGAACCUCCCUUCAGUCCUGAUCCACGGGCGGUAUACUGUAAAGAUGUUCUGGAUAUAGAACAGUUCUCUACAGUGAAGGGAGUCAACCUGGACCCCACAGACGAUGACUUCUACCACAAGUUUGUUACAGGAAGUGUCUCCAUACCCUGGCAGAACGAGAUGAUUGAGAUGGAGUGUUUUAAGGAGAUCAACGUUUAUGAGGCCGACGGCCUGCUGUGUUCAGAUCUGGAUGUGAACAGACCCAACCCACCGCCAAAGAGAGGAUUCUUCUACAGGCUGUUCAGACGAGAGGCAAGUGCUGCUAGCUCUCCUCCCCCCGCCGCCGCCGCCACCGUGAGAGGUGGUGGGGGUUAAGGUCUGUUUAAAGAGUGGCUACGAAGACGAAGAGCACGAGGAGCCUUCCCGACUUUAAACCACUCCUGCUCCCCUCUCCCUCUUCUUCUCCUCUUUCCUUCUUCAAACGCCUCCCGGAGCGUAAAAUGUUAGGAACCUCGAUGAAUGUUAAACCUGUAUUUAUGAUAUGUAUUAAAAGUGUAUUAUAAUAAUUAAAGAAAAACAUAUGAGUUUAAAGAUUUUGUACAUUUGUACUUGAAUUGUGUCCUAGAUGUAUAUUUUCACUAAAGGUUGUAUUGUAUAAAAGCCAUAUUAAGUACCACUUGAAUGCAUAGAUACAUUUUGUCAACGUUUUUUUUUUUUGUUGUUUACGUUUUUUUGUUUAUUUGUUUUUUUUGGAACGAAAUGUAUAUUAAGGAUCUUGUUUAUUUUUUAUUUUUUAAGAAGCACAGGCCUCAUCCCAAAUGGCAGCCUAUUGCCCUAUAUAGUCCACUACUUUUACCUAUGGCCUAUGGGUCCUGGUCAGAAGUAGGGCACUGUGUAGGGAAAAAGGGGUACUAUUUGGGACUCAACCAUUGGUAUCAGUAGUCUUUUUAUUAGUUUUCUCGAUGGAGCCUUUGUUUGUAUGUACAGUAUGUCUACGUUUCCAAUGGCGCCCUAUUCCCUGCAUAAUAUAGUGCACUAUGUAGGGAAUAGGUCUCUGGUCUAAUGUAGUGCACUAUAUAGGGAAUAGGGCUCUGGUCUAAAGUAGUACACUAUAUAGGGAAUAGUGUUCUGGUGUAAUGUAGUGCACUAUAUAGGGAAUAGGGCUCUGGCCUAAUGUAGUGCACUAUAUAGGGAAUAGUGUUCUGGUGUAAUGUAGUGCACUAUAUAGGGAAUAGGGCUCUGGUCUAAAGUAGUACACUAUAUAGGGAAUAGUGUUCUGGCCUAAUGUAGUGCACUAUGUAGGGAAUAGGUCUCUGGUCUAAUGUAGUGCACUAUAUAGGGAAUAGGGCUCUGGUCUAAAGUAGUACACUAUAUAGGGAAUAGUGUUCUGGUGUAAUGUAGUGCACUAUAUAGGGAAUAGGGCUCUGGUCUAAAGUAGUACACUAUAUAGGGAAUAGUGUUCUGGUGUAAUGUAGUGCACUAUAUAGGGAAUAGGGCUCUGGCCUAAUGUAGUGCACUAUAUAGGGAAUAGUGUUCUGGUGUAAUGUAGUGCACUAUAUAGGGAAUAGGGCUCUGGUCUAAAGUAGUACACUAUAUAGGGAAUAGUGUUCUGGUGUAAUGUAGUGCACUAUAUAGGGAAUAGGGCUCUGGUCUAAUGUAGUGCACUAUAUAGGGAAUAGGGCUCUGGUCUAAAGUAGUACACUAUAUAGGGAAUAGGGCCCUGGUCUAAAGUAGUACACUAUGUAGGGAAUAGGGUUCUGGUCUAAAGUAGUGCACUAUAUAUGGAAUAGGGUUCUGUUUAGAAUGUAUCUUAUGUCUGUCUUUUCUGGUCUGUUCUUUUGGCCAACGUCCAGUAUUACCGUAUCACAUAUUCCCUGUUCCAAAUCAACCCCUAGCCCCAUACACUCUACGCCCUAAACCCUAGCCCCUAGACUAAAACAUCCCCCUAGUUCUUACACCCUAAGAAGCCCCCAGACCAUAGCUAGACUCUAUGCCAAGGUUCUCCAACUGGCGGCCCACGGGCUGAAUUUGGCCCGCGGGUGAUUUUAUUUGGCCCCCCAAUUUAUAUAUAUAUUUUUUUAAUUGUUGGACAUAAGACUGUAAAAACACCAGCAAAUCAGCUCCAAGUUAUUAACAUUUUGGAAAUCUGUUCCAAGAUAUUCCCACGCAUAAUAGAGAGAUACAGGUAUGUGAUCGUAUGCAAAUGUGGGCAAGGUUUUAAAUAAUUAUGUUUUAGUCAAAUAUAUCUGUUUGGGCUUCUCGCGGUCAAUUUGCAGUCUACAAAUAAUGUUGUAAUCACGUUCCGUCUGCAUCUAGUUAAUGACCCCUGACCUACGUACUGGGCCCAUGUGAAGAUCGGAGAGGAUUUGAAAGCAGAACAGAUGUUAAUUCUGUCUGCAUGUCUCAUAGUCAAAAUGACUUCCUUAAACUUAAAACUUCCCCAAGACUACGGAAAAUGUAGUCACCCACUUCCAGAAAAGCACAGAGAAGCAGGUCAAGUGCUCUGGCAGAGGGGUGGGGAGAGAAAAUGUAGUCACCCACUUCCAGAAAAGCACAGAGAAGCAGGUCAAGUGCUCUGGCAGAGGGGUGGGGAGAGAAAAUGUAGUCACCCACUUCCAGAAAAGCACAGAGAAGCAGGUCAAGUGCUCUGGCAGAGGGGUGGGGAGAGAAAAUGUAGUCACCCACUUCCAGAAAAGCACAGAGAAGCAGGUCAAGUGCUCUGGCAGAGGGGUGGGGAGAGAAAAUGUAGUCACCCACUUCCAGAAAAGCACAGAGAAGCAGUUGACAUGGAAUGGUUAAAUGCUCUGGCAGAGGGGUGGGGAGAGAGAUGCCUUGAUUUAACAGUGCAGUAGACCUUGUGUCCAUGCCUUAAGCUCUGGUGGUGAGGAGGAGGAUGGUGAUGGUGGUGGUGGUGAUGAGGAUGAUUUACAAACCGAAUAUAAAAGUUAUAAAAUGUCACAGAACCGGACGUUUGUAACUCAGACUGGCUUGAUUUUGAAGACAAAAGUGCUUUCAUAUAAUCAACAAAAACCAUGUCAAAUAGGUUAAAUUAGACCAAUUACUGGCACUGAGAUGGUUAUCCAUGACAAAUGACCUACAGUUUAAUCAUAAUGAUAUCUUUGCCUAGUGACCAGAGCCCUAUUCCCUAUAUAGUGAACUACUAGUGACCAGAGCCCUAUUCCCUAUAUAGUGAACUACUAGUGACCAGAGCCCUAUUCCCUAUAUAGUGAACUACUAGUGACCAGAGCCCUAUUCCCUAUAUAGUGAACUACUAGUGACCAGAGCCCUAUUCCCUAUAUAGUGAACUACUAGUGACCAGAGCCCUAUUCCCUAUAUAGUGAACUACUAGUGACCAGAGCCCUAUUCCCUAUAUAGUGAACUACUAGUGACCAGAGCCCUAUUCCCUAUAUAGUGAACUACUAGUGACCAGAGCCCUAUUCCCUAUAUAGUGAACUACUAGUGACCAGAGUCCUAUUCCCUAAAUAGUGAACUACUAGUGACCAGAGUCCUAUUCCCUAUAUAGUGAACUACUAGUGACCCAGAGCCCUAUUCCCUAUUUUGUGCACUACUAUAGACCAGGCCUCGUGUCAAAAGUAGUGCCAGGAGAGAGACUUCAAUGAGGAUUUGAUCACGUCUCACUACACCAUGGAGUCUCUUCCGUAGGAAUGACUUGAGACGAGCGUUUUCGGCCAUUUUGUUUAGUUUGUUUUUCUUUGUCAUUCAGGCGACCAUAUUAUUUACCAACCGUCCAACCAAUGUAACCCCCUUCACUUAUUUAUUUUUUUAAUGCUGUGAAAAUGUUGAGAUGGAUCUUUUUUGUUGCUGUUUGCUGUACAUUCUGUACUGUUUUCAUGUCUUUUAUAGAAACACCCAGCCUCCCAGAAUGACCUUUCAUUCUGUUUAACCAUUGGAGGGGUGAAUCUAAGAAUCCUAUGACAGUUGUUACCUUUGUCCUCUAUUCCGGAAUGCCCUGCCCUUUAUGACGUCAUUGAUUUGAAUCAAUUAGAAUGUUAGAACAGAAUGUACUGUUGACAUUCCUGAAAGGGUUCAGGGAAUUCCAUUCUACAUUAUUUUACACAAAUGACUGCAGUUAAUCAUUGAAUAUCAAAUGUAUUUAUAGUACACCACACAGUCUUCUGAAGAAGCCACUAGAACUCCUCUGUUAGAAAACAACGUUACGUUUCUCACAUACAUACACUUGUAGUGGCUCAGCUCUCAUCAGCCUGCUAUCUGACAUGGGGAAAGAGAACUGUGAGUGUUCACAGAGAUCUGGCUAUUCCAUGACAUUCCAUUCUAGAAUUAGGAACAUUAUACAGUGCAGUACAUAGCUAGCUCUUGGCUGUUGGCUUUUUCUAGAUUUUUAUAUUUCUUUGCUUCCAGACGCAUCACAAAGCUCACCUCACAGUGUAGAAACACUCUUUGCCUCAAAAACCAUGUAAAUGAUGUACUUCAAAACGUGUAAGCUCUUUGAUAUCUCAUUAGGCGCAGGCACGCACCCAGGCACAGACACACACACACACACACACACACACACACACACACACACACACACACACACACACACACACACACACACACACACACACACUUGGACUAGGGGGAAAGGUUUGGCAUCCAUACCUGUACAGCAGUAAGAGAUUUCAUUUUGCGGCACUAAGGUGUGGAAACGGUCUGCUUCUCAAAUGGCACCCUAUUCCCUACUGUAUGUAGUGCACUACAAAAGAAGUGUACUACAUAGGGCAUAGUGUUUCAUUUUGGAUACAUCCGAUAACUAUAGGAAGUGUCUUUGAGAAUAAUGCAAAUUACAUCAAAUCAGACUGGAAAUGGUUUUGAUUUCAAAAAAGUUUUUCAACUGAAAUAACUGGCAUAAACCUUGACCUGCAGUGUGUGGAUGGCCAAGAGUUGUUCCUGACCAUGUGACCUGGCCCGGGAAAACCUCUGAGCCCAAGUUAAAGCCUCUCUGUGGCCGGGGGAUUCAAUCCGUUCGCUCUUUGUCCUCAAUGCGCGUUUUUUUAAAGUCAAUGUUCACGGUAGAUGCUGCAUAUGUUUAUCUCAGUCAGAAAUGACCUUUUCUAAAAGCAUCGUCCCAAUCCUCCAUAGACUAUAGGACGGAGGUUCAGUCCCAUCUUCUAACUAGGGUCCCGUUUUGGUCCCUGGUUACAUCAGGAUGGAAGAACUCCAGGCCCCACAGUAUGUGCCAACCAGUCAUCCUCAGUCAGUUUUCUUUUUACUUCUGAAUGGCUGGCCCCACGUUAGGCUGACAAGGAACCUAAUACAGCUCAUCAACAAAAAUUACAUUUUUUAACAGUUUUGAAUGUCUGCACAAAGUGCAUUUUAAUAUAUAUAUAUAUAAAAUAAUUAUUACUCAAGCAUGUUAUUGGUUGUUGCAGGUUCCUUGUCUGUAAUUGAAAUGACCUUUCAGUGCCAACAUAUGACACAUAUUUACAGGGGACAACAACAAAUUUGUUAUCACAAGGUGUGACCAGGACAAAUUAUACUUGUCUUUUUUUUGGGGGGGGGGAUACGUCCCAAAUUGACAACAUAAUCCCUAUAUAGUGGUCUACUCGCGACCAGGGCCCAUAAGGCUCUGUUCUAAAGUAGUGCACUAUAUAGGGAAUGAAAACCGGUGCCAUUUGGGACGGAGACCUUUUUAAUUAUCUUUUUUUCUUCUUUUUUGUUUUUGUAGUUGUACAGUCAUGUUGUUCAACCACUGCAGUUCAUGUAAUUGUUGUACAAGUUGUAUCACUGGGUGUUACUGUAUCAUAUCUUCUGACAUUUGUAAUUAUUCUGAGAAUACACUGCCGUUUGGAUAAAAAAAAACUACCCACGA